GAAGAGGCACGCACUCCUCACGCGUUCGCUCCGGCGCGAUCCACCGCCUCCACCGCACAAAGUUUACAACAACCGAAGGAAGAAGAAAGAAAGAAAAAGAAAAAGAAAACAAAAAGAAAAGUCGAGGAGACAGUGGAACAAAGUGACCGCUCGGGCCGCAUCCAUGUCGCUCCCCGGCUCUCCAGCGCUCCUCUCCCCGGGCUCCGGCGCUUCCAACCCGGCUGCAGCUGCUGCGCUCUACCACCACCCGCAGCACUGUUCCUCCUCCAACACCAACACCACCACCACCACCACGUCCUCCUCUUCUUCUUCCUCUUCUUCUUCUUCUUCUUCUGCCUCGAGUUUGGCCGCCGCCGUCACCUCCAGCCCGACGCCGACCAACGCCAACAACUCGUCCGGGUCUCCGCGCGUCACCGGCGGCAUGCUGGCCACGUUCCUCCCGGGCCACGGCGCGCCGCUCUCGGCUCUGGGCAGCAACGGCGCCGCUCUGGCCGGUUCCGCGGGGGCUCUGAGCGCGCUGAGCGGCUUCGGCGCGCUGACCCCCGGCUCCCCCGCGGGUCUCCUCCACCACCACCACCACCAGCAGCAGCACCACCCGCACCACCAGGCUCCCCCGCCGCCGCCCCCGCCGCAGUCCGGGCUGUGCAGCGAGUGUAAACUGGUGGAGGUGCACGGCGUGAAGGUGGCGAGUUUCAGCGUGGACGGACAGGAGCUCAUCUGCCUGCCGCAAGUGUUCGAUCUGUUCCUGAAGCACCUGGUGGGCGGGCUGCACACGGUCUACACGAAGCUCAAGCGCCUGGACAUCACCCCCGUGGUGUGCACCGUGGAGCAGGUGCGCGUGCUGCGGGGGCUCGGCGCGAUCCAGCCCGGAGUGAACCGCUGCAAACUCAUCUCCCGCAAGGACUUCGAGACGCUGUACCAGGACUGCACCAGCGCCAGACCACCACAGACCAAAGCUACGGACCAGAGCUACGGACCAGAACUAUGGAUCAGAGAGACCACCACAGACCUGGACUACAGACCAGAGCUACAGACCACAGAGACCACCACAGACCACAGACCAGAACUACCGAUCACUACAGACCAGGGCUACGGACCAUCACAGAUCACUGACCAGAGACAGGAACUACAGACCAGAGAACAGAGACCACCCUGGACCAGGACUAUGGACCAGAGUCCAGGACUACGGCCCAGAACUAAAGACCAGAGCUACGGACCACCACAGACCACAGCUACAGACUAUGGACCACAGGACCACGGACCACAGACCAGGGUUACGGACCACCACAGACCGGGACUACAGACCACAGACCACAGGCCAGGAUUACAGACCACAGACCAGGGUUAUGGACCACGGACUACAGACCGGGACUACAGACCGGGACUACAGACCGGGACCCAGGACUAUGGACCACCACAGUCCAGAGACCAGGACUAG